UAACAUUUUUUUUUUUUAUCUGUGUCAUAUAUUACUUCGUGAACGCACGUCUCGUGAGUUGAAAUGAUAGAAAUAUCGAAUUGUGCUUGAGAAAUGUGAAUAAACAGUGUCUGAUUACGAAUACUUAUAUCAAAAUGUAUCACAAAAUUGUGUGGUGUUACGUUUUCGUGUUGACUUUAUUGGAUAUAUCGCUGAACACAAAACUGUCAGCCCAGGGAAAGAGCCAUGGUGUGACCGUGCAUGAUUCUCUUAUAGAGGGGAUCACAUUCCAGGAGUGGGGCUCGUCGAGUGGUGGCGCGGGCGCGGGUGGCGGCGCGAGCGGCGCGGGGGGCGGGCGCGGGCGCGCGGCGGCGGAGGGGGUGUCGCUGGCGCCGGCCGCGCUGCACUUCGGGCGCGCGCCCCUCGCCGCGCCGCACGCGCGCUCCGUCACGCUCACCAAUGUCGCCAAUGCCACGCUGCACCUCGCUUCCGUCGCCGGCACAACGCCCGACUUCCACGCCUCCUUCUUCGAGUCCAAGACGCUGGCGCCGCAAGCUAACACGACCUUCAGCGUGGUGUACCUGGGGCGGCGCGAGGGGCCCGUCUCCGCGCACCUCUACAUACACACCUCGCUCGGCGUCUACAAGUACCCCGUGUCGGCGAUAGGCGUGGCGAGCGAGUGGCGCGUGUGGCCGCUGGUGGACGUGCGCGUGCCGCUGAACGCGAGCGUGGAGCCGCUGCUCAGCAUGCACAACCCCACGGCGCACACGGUGCAAGUGAGCGAGGUGUACUCGUCGGGCGCGUGGCUCGGCCUGGCGCUGCCCGACGGCGGCGAGUGGGCACCGCGCGACCGCUGGACGCUGCCGCCGCACUCCAGCCGCGCCAUCGUGCGUCUGCGGCUGCAGCCCAACCACCACCACCAUCACCACCACCCGCUCACCGCUUACGUCAGGAUCAAGGCGAACAUGACGGGCGGCGGGCUGGUGGUGGGCGUGGAGGCGCGCGCGGCGGCGGCGGGCGAGUACCUCGCGCCGCUGCAGCUCGCACUGCGCGUGCGCGGCUCGCAGGACCCACCCGAUACCUUCCCUCUAGAGUUGGGCAGCAGCCUGCCGGCGCCGCUGCGCGUGGACGCGGCCGUGUGGGGCGCGCGCUGCGGCGCGGGCGCGCGCUGGCCCGCGCACGCGCCCGACCGCGCCGCCAACGGACACGCCGACGCGCCCGCACACAACGGAGUAAAGUCAGACGGCGUGUACCUGACGCUGCUCCGUUCUCAGCUCGAGCCACACCAGCGCCUCACCAAGGCGGCCGAGCUCACUCUAGACUAUGCGCAGAUGUGGUCGGCGUACUUGCAAGAGCAAGGCGGGUCGGCGGAGGAGGCGGGUGCGGAGGUGGGCGGCGAGGCGGGUGCGGAGGCGAGCGGCGAGGCGGGGGCGGAGGCGGGCGGCGAGGCGUGGUGCGCGGGGUGGGCGCGCGUGGGGCGCGCGGCGCUGCGGUACGCGGUGCGGCUGCUGCCCGGCACGCUGCGCGCCGACCCGCCCGCGCUGCAUUUGGUGACGGCGUCGGAGGCGGAGGAGGGCGAGGAUGCGUUGAUAGAGCGCGAAGUGCGCCUGCGCAAUGAGUUUCCGGUGCCGGUGCAUGUCACCGCCGCGUUGUGCCCGCCUGAAGUGCUGGAACACUUCCACUGUAUCUCAUCGGCGCCGCUGUCGCUGGCGGCGGGCGCGGCGGCGACGGUGCUGCGGCUGCAGUCGCGCGCGCCGCGGUCCGCGCUCGCGCCGCACGAGCUGCACGCGCGGCUCGCGGUGCACACCAACCUCACCGACUGCGCCGUGCCGCUGCUGCUCUACAGCGGACGAUUGCAUCUGGAGUGGGAGUGGCCAAACUCGUCGGACGGCGAGCUGCGACUCGGCGCGGUGGGCACGUCGUCGACGCGGCGGGUGGGCGUGCGCGUGCGCAACCCCGGACCCGCCCCGCUGUGCGUCACCGAGCUCAGCGUGGAGCUUCCCGGCGCGCAGCUAGCGCUCGCCGCGUGCGCUCACCUGCGACCCGUGCCGGCCGACCAUCCCUGUCGGUGCGUGGAGGGCGGCGCGAGCGCGCGCGCGGUGCUGACGGUGGUGGCGCCGGCGCGCGCGGGCGCGGUGCGCGGCGCCGCCACGGUGCGCUCGCCGCACGCCGCCAGCACGCACGCGCUGACCCUGCACGCGCACGCCGGCCGCCUGCGCGCGCACCCGCUGCACCUGCCCGCCGCCGCACCGUACGCGUGGACGUCGGCGCCGCUGGUGCUGGAGAGCACUAUGGCGCUGCGUAUGCGCGUGCUUAACGUGACGCAGCCGACGCCCGACCCGGCUAUCAAAUUCGUACCGGCGGCGAACGUGGAGGUGACGACGGGCCGGCACUCCGUCGGUGAGAUACUGUUCAUGCCGGAGAAGCUGUGUGAACCGCACUGUUACACCGGGCUCGACGUCACUACCGCCGAGGGCGCGCGCUGGCUGUCGCGGGGCGCGGCGAGCGGGGCGGCGGGCGCGGCGGCGGCGGGCGCGCUGCGCGCCGACGCGGCGCUGGCGCGGGCGCGGCGCGCGCUGUUCGUGCCGCUGGCGCCGCGCAACGUGUCGCUGCACGUGCACACCGAGCACGUCGUGCAGAUCCCCGUCACGGGCAGCGCGCAGUGGCGCUGGCCGCGGCUGGCGGAGCCGGGCGGCGGCGCGGCGCUGGCGGCGGUGGGCGCGGCGGCGACGCUCACGCUGCGCACGCGCAACCCCUCCGCGCACCGCCUGCUGCUGCAGCCCGUGCUGCACGACAAACACAACGACCUCACCGGUAUUGUGGAGUCUUCAUUCUGCAAAAAUGAAAAAUGCGUGUGGUCACGUGAUGCAUUCAAAUUGACCGAAUGGCGAGUGACACGUGGCGAGGCACGUCGCUGGGAGGGCGUGCCGGAGGUCGCCGACGCGGAGGCGGCUCACAACGUCAGCGAUCACGUCAUGCCGAUGCUCAUCCUGGAACCUGAAGCGGAAAUCGAAAUCAAGAUAACUUUUUCACCCAAGGAACCUUCUGCGUUGACUACAAACUUAUACUUGAGAAACAAUUUGACUAUACUAGAGGGAGUGCAGUUACUCGGGCGCGGAGCCUACCCGAGCUUCGAAAUCGGCGGCCGUCGGCCGGGCACCAAUGCGCCGCUACUUUUUGAGGUGAAGGAGUGCGGCUCUACGAGCGGCACCGUGGUGCGCACGGUCAUGGCGCGCAACACCGGCGUCGUGCCCGUGUGGCUGCGCGACUGGCGGCUGGCGGGCCAGCCUUGCCAGGCGCGCGGCUUCCGACUGCAGCCCUGCGCACCGCUCGCGCUCGCGCCCAACGAGUCCCGCGCGCUGCACCUCGCUUUCAGCGCCGACUACACGCUGGCGCGCGUGCCGUGCCGGCUCAGCCUGCGCGCCGACGCCGCGCUCGCAGAGUUCUCGCUGGUGGCGGUGGCGCCGGCCGCGCUGCUGCCGCGCUGCCACUCCGCCGUGCCGCGCCCGCCCUUCGAGCCCGCGCUCCGAGCCGCCGGCACGCUGCUGGCGUUGGCCGCGCUGGCACUGGUGCUGGCCGCCGCCGCCGUCGACGCCGAGCGGGAGCUGCGACGGGCGCGCCCUCCGCGACCCGCGCCCGCCGCCCGCGCGCCACUCGACCUGCGUGCGCUCGCCGACGAGCCUCCCGCGCCCGCCCCCCCGCCGCCUCGAGUCCGCCCCCCGCCGCCUCGUCGUCGGCGCACGCCUCGUCGUCCACCACCUCCGACCGACCAGCACGCCGAACGACGCGCAUUCGAGCGGUGGAGAAGUGAAAUGCUGCGCACCGCGGACGAUGAAGAUUCACGUUCUAGUGAAGACGCCGAUGCGGACGGCGGUCGAAUCGAUGCAAACAACGACGGUCCCGUACCGCAUGAACAACCACCGGAGCCGGUCGAGACCGACGCGCACGGCGCCACCGACGGGUACGAAGCGGACCCGGAGACCGAGGAGCGCGCGCCGGGCAGUGGCGACGAGGACGCUGAUUCGACCGGCUCCACCUCCGCUUCCGCCUCGUCCACUCCCGCGGAAGACCGCGAUGUGGAAGAGAUCGAUGACCGUGCACGCACACCCAUAGACGUCGAACCGCCUCCGGACUCGAGUCCGAAGAUAGAACUUAGCGGUCGUCACCCGCCACACCAGCCCCGUGCAGUGCGCGCACGCCGCGAGCCGAGCGACGCGCCGCGCCGCGCCGAGCGCACGCGCGCCGACACCGACUCGGGCACGCGUGCGCGCGGCCCGCCCGGCAAGUCGCACGCGCGCCGCGACAAGUGCAACAAGCGUCGCGCCGAGCGCAGCGCCUGCUCUCCCGCGCGGGGCUCCCCGCCGCGCGGCGCCGAGCCUCGCGGCGGGGCGGUGCGCUGGGGCGCCACGUGGAGUUCGGUGGUGGCGGCGGGCGCGCCGGUGACCGCGCCAACUCCGCCCGCGCUGGCGCCCAUCGGCUCGGACGUGCGGCGGCGCACGGACCCGGAGCCGCGCCCGGCGCCCGCCACUGACAACUCUUUGUUCUUCUUCAAUGGCGAGCCGAACCCUUCGCACCUGCCGCGCCCCGAGCCCGAGUACGCGUGGCCUCCGGCGCCGUCCGCCGACCGCGUGCCUCCUGCAUUCCUCGUGUCUCGAUGUCCCGGCGCGCGUGUUGCAGGAUGCGAGGAGGCGGUGGGUGCUGUUGGUGCCGUGGGUGCAGUGGGCGCGGGCGUGUUCCGUCCGCUGGGGUCGGUGUGGGGUGCGCUGGAGCCGGCGGCGUGGCCGUGGGGCUCCCCGCGCGAGGCGCCGCUGCGGCCGCCGCCCGGGUUCCCGCCGGCGCCGCCGCAGCCCACGCGUGCGUACGAUCCGUUUUGUUCGCUGGCGGCUAUCUGGGGCCCGGCGGGGUUGGACUGGCGCCCGCCCCAGCCGCAGGCCCCGGCGUCAGCCCCUGCAGUCACGCCGACCCCUGCGACCGCCCCGACCUCACUGGCGCUUGACGACGACGACUUGGACCUGGAGCUCCCGCACGGGAACAACUGAGCCACAUUGGACGUCUCAUGACUGAUCACUGACGACCGGCCCUUUCUUUUCGAUGAAUACUGUUAUUGUUUUACAUUUGUUAUCGAAUAUGUUGAACCGAUAUGUUAUGUUAAUAUUGUGAAUGUCGUUCUGAUGUCAAGUCGCGGAGUACCGCCUGUCUCAAUGGGGCUUAACAGAAGCGUGGGGCUAAUUCACAGAUUAUAAUAAGUGAAUUAAUAACGGCUGCGUUUAUCUGUUACGACAUACCUGACACAAGGUAAAUUAACUGAAUAUGAGAAAUUCAAUACUUUAUUUUUGAAGAUCGGUUGCGUUCGAUUUUAACAUGGAUUCCUACAUAUUUGUAGCCAUUGUAUUAUUUAAAGUGUGUUUAGACAUGAUGUAUCUCCGCGACAUGACCUGCGCGUCCUCCGCUAUAGAACAAUGUACUGCGAACAAAUGACUUCCCGCUCCGUACGUUGUCAUUGAUUAUUUGUGACACAGAUUUUAUUUAUUAUUAGUAUCUGUGAAGCGCGUACGGAAUACGCGAAUGUGUUGUAAACGUGUUCGCCCACUGCGUGCACGCGUCUCGUGUCACGCGUCACGCGUCGGUUGUAGUGCGCUGCGGCGCGCCGUCUAGUCGCGACUGUGUCGCCUCGAGCACGUCUCAUGGUGUUCCCCACUUGAUUGUCUUUCGAAGACUGAAUUACAAUUUUCUCAAACGAUG